GCCAGCUGAGUGUGUUGUGUGCAUUAUUUUUACACAGCUUUAAGGCAGCCUUUAAGUGAUUUGUGCAAUUUUUAUAUAAUAUUGCAAGAUUUUAACCAUAUUAGUCUUUGCCAAUGAUUUCAACCUAGAUAUACAUAUAUGUAAGCCGAUCUCAAAUCCUAACCAUCUAGGAUGGAAGCGGCCAGAGCCUACUUGUGGGAAUGGACUUGGGCUUUGGGCCUUUUGCUUGGAACUUACGCCUCUCUGGGUUUAAUCCAUUUUUGGACCCGGCGUGGGAACCCUUGUCCUGCUCUCCUUAAGGCCCAAAGGGUUCUUUUAUUGACUGCGCAUCCUGACGACGAAUGCAUGUUUUUUGGGCCGACCGUGGUUGGUUUAUUAGGACGAGGAGGAUCUGCCAAAAGACUGUUCCUCGUCUGCCUUUCUUCAGGGGACCAAGAUGGGCUUGGAGCCCAGAGAAAGCAAGAGCUUAGAGACAGCUGCCGAGUACUUGGGAUCAAAGAUGAGGAUCUUUAUAUUUACCAGAGCACUCGUCUUAAAGAUGGUCUUAAAACGGAGUGGCCAGUCGAAGAAGUGGCCUCAAUUGCAGAGAGGCACAUGCUGCAGCUUGGAGUGGAUUUAGUGGUAACCUUCGAUCGAUACGGGGUUAGUGGACACCCUAAUCACCAGUCUCUCUUCUAUGGUCUUGCGGCCCUCCACUUAAAGAGUAAAAUUCCCCAAGGCGUUGAAGUUUUGUGUGUUGAGUCGGUGAGUCGAUUACGUAAGUACCUUGGACCUUGUGACAGUUUGUUGUCGUGGGUCGUCGGAAAUCAUCAAAUUGUGCUGACUGCUAAAGAAAGGAAGCGUGUCCUCGAGGCAAUGGCAUGCCACCAAAGUCAGAUCGUGUGGUUCCGAAGACUUUAUUUGCUCUUCAGCCGCUAUACUUUCCUUAAUAGCUUUUCACCAAUACGCUCCGAGGCACUCGAGUUGUCUCUGGCGCUGGACUAAAUUACUAAAACCUUUGUACACGUAUUCAGUUUGCUAGACGAAUUUAUUUUUGUUCCAAUUAAAUCAUGUUGGCUUUGUAAAAGCCCUGCAUUGUUUCAAUGUUGUGAUAUUUUGCUCAAGUGUGCUGUUCGUGUGAAAUUUCUGGACGCUGUUUUAAGCGGGCGCUCUUGAUAGUUUAUUUAUUGUAAUUUUAUAGUGAAUAAAACUCUUUACUGCGUA